AUGGCUCGCUUGGAAGAGAAGAAGAUCGGUCGAUCAAGUCUAGCUCCAUACGGCGAGUCAGUCAAGCGCCAUCUGGAGAGUUUCGAUCUUGAGGCUUCCCUUAACGAGAUGGCCGACGGGUCCGGACGCAUUGCAGAGUUUUCGAAGAUCUACAGACAGCGCGCGCAUGAGAACCAACGCAUUGGCAUGACACCACAGUCAAUGCCCCGGUUAGAAGAGGUCGACGAUAUGCUUAAGCAAAGCGAAAGGAUUCAGAUGUCCCUACAGCGAAUGCGAGACGUCGUUUUCAAUCAUCAACAGGCGAGCAUCGUGGAGCCUCCUCAGGAUCCACGGUACAGACCGAUGAAUGGCUACGAUGACAAUGCAAGCAACUACGGUGACGACAACAAAGGCAUGGGCGGCUUUGCUGGUGGCGAUAACAAGACUCGGAAACGAGGCCGAGCUGCGCCGCCAGGUCGAUGCCAUAGCUGCAAUAGAGCCGAGACCCCUGAGUGGCGAAGAGGGCCAGAUGGCGCCAGGACUUUGUGCAAUGCUUGCGGUCUACACUAUGCAAAGCUCACCCGCAAAAUGGGUGGCAAGCAAGCCAUGACCAGCUCAAACUUACGACCCAAAUCCAUUGACCACGGUUCACCCACGAUGUGA